UAGAUACUAGUAGCGCUACAACAAAGAUGGAUUCCACAACUCCCACAUCUGAAUCCACUACAAUGGCAGAAACUACCAUGUCCGAAACCACUCCAACUACAAUUACACCAACGACUUUAGAUACUAGUAGCGCUACAACAAAGAUGGACUCCACCACUCCCACAUCUGAAUCAACUACAAUGGGAGAAACUACCAGGUCCGAACCCUCUCCAACUACAAUUUCACCAACGACUUUAGAUACUAGUAGCGCUACAACAAAGAUGGACUCCACCACUCCCACAUCUGAAUCAACUACAAUGGGAGAAAUUACCAGGUCCGAAACCUCUCCAACUACAAUUCCACCAACAACUUUAGAUGCUAGUAGCCCUACAACAAAGAUGGACUCCAGAACUCCCACAUCUGAAUCCACUACAAUGUCAGAAGCUACCACUGCUGAAACCACCCCGACCACAGUCAUUCUCACAACUGAAGUUAACAGUAGUGCUACAACCAAGUUGGCAUCAUCAACUCUAAAAUUUGAAUCCACUACAAUGUCUGAAACUACCACUUUUAGAACCUCCCCAGCUACAGUCAUAUCAACAACUGAGGCAGGUCGUUCUACUACAGCAACGAUGAACUCUGGACGUCCAACGUCUGAAUCCACUGUAAUGCCAGAAGCUACCAGUUCUAAAACCUCCCCAACGACAGUUAUGCCUACAACUUUAGAUAUUAGUAUCACUACAACAAAGGUGGUCUCCAUAAGUCCCAAAUUGGAAUCUACUACAACGCCAGAAGCUACCACCCCUGAAACCUCUCCAGGUAUAGUCAUAUCAAGAACUGAUGCAAGCAGUACUACUACAGCAAUGAUGGACUCCACAACUCCCACAUCUGAAUCAACUACAAUGGCAGAAACUACCAUGCCCGAAACAUCCCCAACUGCAAUUACACCAAUGACUUUAGAUACUAGUAGUGCUACAACAAAGAUGGACGCCACAACUCCCACAUCUGAAUCCACUGCAACGCCAGAAAUUACCAUUCCUGAAACCUCUCCAACUACAGUUACACAGACCAUUUUAGAUAGUACUACAGCUACAAUGAAGAUGGAGUCCCCAACUCCCCAACUAGAAUCUACUACAAUGCUUACAACGAUCUCUCGCGAAACUGCCCCUGUUACAGUCACAGCAAGAACUGAAGCUAGCAGUGGCGCUUCAACAGUUUUGGACUACACAACUCCCCUAACUGAACCCACAAUACCUGAAACAACCAUUUCUAAAACAUCCCCAAGUACCGUCAUAACAACAACUGUAGUUGGUAUUAUUGCUACAACAAAGUUGAAGUCAACAACUCUCAAAUCUGAGUCCACUGCUACACCUGAAACAAGCAACCCUGAAACCUCUGCAGCUAGUACAAGUAGUACUUUUACAGCAGCGUUUAACUCAACUGUGACUGAAAGAACCUCUCCUGAAACCUUUACAACUACCGUUAUAUCAUCAACUGCACUUAGCAGUUCUGCUACAACAGAGUUGGGAUCAACAACUCCCUCAUUUGACUCCACCACAACACCUGAUGCAACCUCUCCUCAAGGCACAAGUACCUCAAUGCUGAAAACAGUUCAAACCACCUUUGGCAGUGUUCCUACAACAGAGCUGAAAUCAGCAGCUCCCCUGUUGGAAUCCACAACCCCAUCUGCUGAAGCCGCUCCAAGCACUCUUACACCAACAACAGCUGGAACCGCUCCCACUGGGACAUCUGGUGCCAAUGGUGUGUCUACCGCAAAAUCAGCCGCAGGAACGUCUCAGUCAGCUAUCACUACUGCUGCAGGAAAUGAAUUCCCACAAUGGGCUCUUCCUCUCCUCCUGGGCCCAGCCGUUGUGCUCUGUGUCGUGCUCCUGAUGUGCAUCGGAUGCAUGGUCAUCUACUGCCUUCAAAAUCCUGUGUCUGGGUCUUACAACAUAUACCAAACACACUUUAUGCGCCAGAGCAUCCAAGAUUUCAGAUGGAGGAGGAACAACAGCCAACAGAGGGUUCAGGAGUCCCUGGAUUGUGAAGAUAUCAGCCAGAGCAGAAGCGGUUCCAACAAUUACGGCUUCUUAUAGCAAGGGUCUCUGAUGUCUUCCUGGCCCACUUUCUGUGCUGACUUGGUUAAACCUUCAGUAUCAGGUGAUAAUUUAUUGAGAAUCUAUUAUGGUUAUCAAUACCCCAACACACAUAUUUAUUAUUAUUAUUAUUGUUAUUGUUAUUGUUAUU